UAUAUAACGGUGGAGGCGUUUGCAGUGAACUCACCAUCAUAACCCAAAAAAAAUGGAGGGGAAGGUGUUCUUGAGAAAAUACUUGAUAUGGACAAUAUUGCUGUUGGGGCAGCUACACGGAUCCAAAAGCUGUGUUGAAAAGGAAAGAACUGCUUUGUUGGAGCUCAAGCAAUACUUAAUCUCAAUCUCCAGAGAAGAUGAGGUUGACUCUUUUCUUCCUACUUGGACCUACGACACAAAGAGCGAUUGCUGCAUUUGGGAGGGAGUUAAGUGCAAUCGUACAACCCAAAGGGUGACUGAGAUUGCCUUUAAAACAUCUCACUCUAAACGGUCCUUGAAAGAGAAUUUUCUCCUAAAUCUUUCUUUGUUCCAUCCCUUUGAAGAUGUUCGUUGUCUGAACUUAUCUUUUAACUACUUCAACGGCUUGUUUGAUGAUGUUGAAGGUUAUAAAAGCCUAGGGAGAUUAAGAAACCUGGAGAUUCUGGAUCUCAAUUUAAAUCAGUUCAACAACAGCAUAUUUCCCUUUGUUAAUGCCGCUACAUCACUUACAACUCUUUCUCUAUUUGGUAACAGAUUCAAUGGACCUUUUCCUGAUAAAGAACUUAAAGAUUUGACAAAUUUGCAAGUGCUAGACCUGUGUGCAAACAGAUUUAAUGGCUCUCUAUCAGUACAAGUUUCACCUGCCCUGAAGAAGCUGAAAGCUCUGGAUCUAAGUGUUAAUGAAUUUUCUGCAUCAACUGGAUUGCAAGUGAUUUGCGAAAUGAAGAAUAUGCAAGAGCUUAAUCUUAGACGAAACAAAUUGUUAGGUCAGUUUCCUUUAUGCUUAACUGUCUUGACUGGUCUUCGAUUUCUUGAUCUCUCAUCAAACCAAUUUACUGGGAAAGUGCCAUCUUCUCUCGGCAACCUUGGAUCCCUCAAGCACUUAUCGUUGUUAGAUAACAAUUUUGAAGGUUUAUUCUCAUUUGGUUUGCUUGCCAACCUCUCAGAGCUGAGGAUUUUCAAAAUUGGUUCUAAAUCCAAAUCAUUUCAAGUAGACUCUAAAAGUUAUUGGAAGCCAAAUUUUCAACUGAGUGUUGUUGAACUACAAUCCUGCAACUUGUUUAAGGUUCCUAAUUUUCUCCUAAACCAAAGAAGCUUGAGUAUCAUUGAUCUUUCUGACAAUAGAAUUUAUGGAGUUUUUCCUUAUUGGCUAUUGGCAAACAAUACCAAGCUCAAAGUUUUGUCUCUAAAAAAUAAUUCUCUUACAAGCUUUCAGCUACCGGAAUCUGCUCAUAAUCUGGGUUUCCUGGACGUGUCAGCCAAUGACUUCAAUCAUCUGCUUCCUGAGGAUAUUGGAUGGGUACUUCCUCAUUUGAUGUAUAUAAAUAUAGCUAAUAACGGUUUUCAUGGAUAUCUUCCAUCUUCUUUGGGUAACAUGAAAGAGAUUUCAUAUCUGAAUCUAGCUCAAAAUAGCUUUCAUGGGAAGCUGCCACGAAGUUUUGAAAUGGGUUGUUAUUCCAUGGGAAUCUUGAUACUGUCACAUAACAAACUUAGUGGAGAGGUGUUUCCGGAAUCAGUCAAUUUCACUGGUAUAUUGGAGCUGUAUAUGGAUAACAAUCUGUUUACUGGAAAGAUCGGUCAAGGUUUGCGGAACUUUAAAAACUUGCAACUGCUUGACAUUUCAAAUAACAACCUCACGGGUGUUGUUCCGAGUUGGAUUGGAGAAUUCACAUCCUUACGUGUAUUGCUACUUUCAAAAGCUUUAUUGGAAGGUGAAGUACCUAUUUCUUUGUUCAACUUAAGUUAUCUUGAGCUGUUGGACCUUUCCUCAAAUACCUUAUCUGGUGGCAUACCUUCGCACGUCAAUUCAAGAAGGCCAGUAGUAUUACUCCUUCAAGAUAAUAAGUUAUCAGGGGUUAUUCCAGACACAUUGCUGAGGAACGUCUCUAUUCUUGAUCUCGGAAAUAACAGAUUGUCUGGGAACAUUCCGGAGUUCACCUACACCCGAUACACACUUACUAUUCUUCUUAGGGGGAAUAAUUUAACAGGGAGUAUUCCUCUCCAGUUGUGUGGUCUCAAAAACAUCCAACAUCUUGAUCUUGCCAACAACAGACUGAGCGGACCCAUACCUUCAUGCUUCAGCAAUACAUCAUUUGUUUUGGGGAUAGAGGAUAUCUACUGUGGUAUGUCCAUUAUUGAUCUUUUCAGUUUUCUUUUGUCUCUGCAAAGUCACAUGCGUGUAGAGAUAGAAGACCAUGUAUAUCUCCGAUCUCCUGUUUUACUGGAUCAGUUUGGGAUGAUAAGCGAUAGGUCAGCUACCCAGAUUAAAAUUGCAUUUUCAACAAAACACCGAUAUGAUACCUACCACCUGGGUGGAAAUCUCAGACUAUUGUUUGGAAUGGAUCUCUCAGAAAAUCAGUUGAGUGGUAAUAUCCCAGCAGAGCUUGGAGGUCUUCUGGAGCUAAAAGCUCUUAACCUUUCUCACAACAACUUAUCAGGGUUGAUACCAGAAAGCUUUUCAGGUCUGAAGAAAGUGGAAAGCCUUGAUCUCUCCUUCAACAAGUUACAAGGCCGGAUUCCAUUACAACUAACAGCGUUGAGCAGCCUAGCUGUUUUCAAUGUCUCGUUCAACAACUUAUCUGGAGUCAUUCCUCAAGGAAAACAAUUUAACACCUUUGGUACACCAAGCUACUUAGGCAAUCCUCUUCUCUGUGGAAAACCAACCAACACAAGCUGCAGCAGCAGUAACUUUCAAGAACCAGGUGAUGGAGUGGAAUCUGCUGAUGAGUCCAUAGUUGACAUGGUAUCUUUCUACUGGAGUUUAGCUGCAGCUUAUGUGACUAUACUUCUUGGAAUAUUAUUCUCUCUCUCUUUCCGCUCUCCUUGGAGAAGAUUUUGGUUCUACCUCGUAGAUGCUUUCAUCCACAAGGCCAAGAGUUUGUUGUGGUAAUGGUAAAACUACUGUUGGUGGUGCCGCCAUCUGUUGCUCUUCUUCUUCUUCUCAAAAACUUCUGCUUUGUUUCACAUACCCUAUGUACUGUUACUUACUUUGAAUAAAUGUAAUGCACAAACAUAUAUCUAAGA